GCUCUCCUCGUGCCCGCGCCAUGGACUCCCGUCUCUGCCGCCACGUCUGCCCCGGCCGCGUCAUUAACAUCCAGCGGAGCAACGGCUUGAUCCAUAAGGCGACGGUGAAGACGGUGAACGCGGAGCGGUCCUCCGUGUCCGUGGAGUGGUCCGAGGGCGGCGCCAUCAAGGGCAAGGAGAUUGAGAUUGAUGAUGUGAUAACAAUAAAUCCUGAGUUAUCAGAAGAACUACCUGCUGCAGAUGUGAAAGAGAACCUUCCUUUGCAAGAGAAUGUAACUGUACAGAAACAGAAGCGUAGAACAACACUUUCAAAAAUUCCUGCUCCACGGGAAGUUGCAGCAGUGACACCUAAUGUCUCUGCACCUGAGCAGAAGAUUCCAGCUGUUCGUGGCCGUUCCAGGAUGUCUGUUAUCACAGAAUCUCAGUGCAGCCUCCAGGAAAAUGAGAUGGGAGUGGAUCCCUGCACUUCUACACAAACCAGAAACAAUUUGUCAGUUCCUGCUGGCCGAACCAGGACUAGCAGGCUGAGCUGUGCUCCAGAAGCCUCACUGCCAAGUGUAAAUGGAAAUGCAGAGGAUCAUCUGCCUGCUGCUAGAAUGAGCUCUUCAGUGAGCCCAGUUCGGAGAAGAUCUAACAUUGUGAAAGAGAUGGAGAAAAUGAAAAACAAGAGAGAAGAAAAGAGAGCUCAAAUUAGUGAAAUCAGGACAAAACGUGCACAGGAAUUUGACAGCAGCUGUCCAAACUGGGAGUUCGCACGGAUGAUCAAGGAAUUCAGAGCAACUUUAGACUGCCAGCCAAUAUCUAUAACUGAUCCAAUAGAAGAACAUAGGAUUUGUGUCUGUGUGAGGAAGCGCCCUCUCAAUAAACAAGAACUUCUAAAAAAGGAAUGUGAUGUGAUUACUGUUCCAAGCAAGUGUGUCCUGCUGGUGCAUGAGCCAAAGCAGAAAGUGGACCUAACAAAAUACCUUGAAACCCAAGCAUUUAGAUUUGACUUUUCAUUUGAUGAAUCCUCGUCUAAUGAAAUGGUAUACAGGUUCACUGCUAGACCUCUUGUAGAGACCAUUUUUGAGGGUGGGAAGGCGACAUGCUUUGCAUAUGGCCAGACAGGCAGUGGCAAGACACAUACUAUGGGCGGAGACUUCUCUGGGAGAGCACAGAAUGCCUCAAAGGGCAUAUAUGCUUUUGCAUCACAAGAUGUCUUCCUCCUCCUAAACCAGCCCAGGUACAGGAGUCAGGACCUGGAAGUCUAUGUGACUUUCUUUGAAAUAUACAAUGGAAAGGUGUUUGACCUCUUGAAUAAGAAGGCAAAGCUUCGGGUCCUGGAGGAUGGCAAGCAGCAGGUCCAGGUUGUUGGUCUCCAAGAGAGACAAGUCGGCUGUGCUGAGGAUGUCAUCAGAAUGAUUGAGAUGGGCAGUGCCUGCAGGACAUCUGGGCAGACUUUUGCAAAUGCUAGCUCUUCACGGUCACAUGCCUGCUUCCAAAUCAUACUACGCCGAAGAGGGAAACUGCUUGGCAAAUUUUCCUUGGUGGAUCUGGCAGGAAAUGAGAGGGGUGCAGACACAUCUAGUGCUGACCGGCAGACACGAAUGGAAGGUGCAGAAAUCAAUAAGAGCUUGCUGGCUUUGAAGGAAUGUAUCCGAGCUUUAGGGCAGAACAAAUCUCAUACCCCUUUCCGGGAGAGCAAGCUGACCCAGGUGCUAAGAGACUCUUUCAUAGGAGCAAACUCAAGGACCUGUAUGAUAGCAAUGAUUUCUCCAGGCAUGAGUUCGUGUGAGUACACCUUAAACACACUGAGAUACGCUGACAGAGUGAAAGAGCUCAGCCCUCAUAAUGGAGGUGGUGAAACACAGAAUCAGAUGGAGACUGAGAAUGAGGAAACAGAGACCAGUGGAGAAGGCUCAGGUCACAAUCUCUCCAAGGAUGAGGAAGAAGAUAUCUCUCCCCACAUGUUCAACUUCCGUGAGGCUAUGACUCAAAUUAGUGAACGGGAGGAGAAGGUUGUAGAACAGCUUAGAGAACUGAGACAGAGAAUGACGACUGAACUUGACUACCUCUUGGGAAUCACGGAGCAACCAGACUAUGAUCUCGAGACCUUUGUGAGCAGAGCUAAGCACUUUGUAGAGGGGAGCUCAAGAAACUUCCUUAGUGUCAGAGAAACGCUGGAUGCCCUGGGGGCUGCCAUGCAACUGGAGGAGCAAGCCAGCAAGCAGAUGAGCCGGCAGAGGCCUUAGUAAAUACAGCAAAACCUGGUUCACAAGCAGUCUUCUGUAUGUCUUGCAUGUUUGUUGGUGGUUUGUCUAACUCCUAUUUUAAAUGUGGUAGAGUGUCCGCAGGUCACGCGUGCCUGAGGGCAGUGAACACGGCAGCCUCUCUCUCUUCAUGGCCUGGUAUCAGGGUACUCAGCAGAGUGCUAGACACACACCCCCUGCAAGGCUUCGGGAGGGGAGCCUGAGAGUCUGCUAGAUGUGUCUAGCAUCUGGCCCUUUGCUAGUGACAAUGAUCUCCUCUAAUAGUACUAGAUACACGUGUAUAGUUUUCUAGUGUACAUAUAACAUUUCCAGAUGUGCUUGAAACAUUGCAAAACUGUUGCAAGUCUGGCUUUUCUAGAAAGAAAAUGGACUAUAUGUAAUUGUAAAAAAUCAGUAUUUUAAGAAGUUUGAUAAAUAAAUGUUCCUGGAUUUAAUUAUCUUCUAUCUUAUAAAAUAUAUUUCUUGCUGAUUUUGGUAAAGUCUAACAGCCCCUAAAGACUGGCUGGUGCUGCAGAGAUAGGCUGAUUUCUUGGAUGAAGUUUCUUUUUUAAAGUCUUUACACUUGUAAUGUUUACAUAAAAAUAACUCUAAAUAAAUUUUGUCUCUUGAUUUUGA